AUGAAGCAUUCAUGUGAUCGAGCUGAAAGAAACAAAGAACUUGUAGCAAUGGCACAAUCAGAACCUAAUGAACUGUUUGCGAUGGUGGAACUCAACUACCGAGGGGUAUUUAAUCGAAAUCCUUUCUCUUACACUGGUGGUGUUAAAACCAUCUUCAAUGAUGUUGACUUUUCUUCUAUGACUUAUUCUGAGUUUGUGACCUUCUGCGAACGUUUCAUGCAUGAAGAGUGUAAAAAGUUUUACUACUGUGAACCAGACAUGUCCUUCAUGGAAGGGCUUAAUCCCAUUUUAGAUGAUGUGGAAUAUUCUGCUUUUAUUUUUGAUGCUUAUGGAACAGAUGGUGUAAUUUCGGUUUAUGUGGAUCAUAUUGGGGUUGGUGUUGAUGGGUGGAACGAUGAUGAAGAUAAUGAUGAUGAUGAACAUGAGUCUUGUAUUGAUGGUGAAAAUGAAGACAACAUAGAUGAACUUAGAAAUGUUGCCUUUGAAUUUAAUGAGGAUGUAGUGCAUAUGAAUAGGACAUCAAAUGAUCCUUUCUUGAGUAAGCUAUGUGUUGAUGAUGAGGAUGCAAACAACAUUGUAGAUGAUGACAAUGGGAGAGAAGUUGAAGUUAACAUACAAGCUCAUUCCAUAUUUAAUGAGCUAUUACAGUGGAAAAAACAAAAACCAAUUCUAGGGAUGAGAUUUAAGGGUCCAGGGCAAGUAAAAUCAAUGUUGUGUAACUAUGCUGUAGCUAAUGGAUAUCAAUUGUGUUUUGAAAAAAAUGAUCGGACAAGACUUUUGGUGAGGUGUAGCAAAGGUGCUUGCACAUUUAGAUUAUGGGCUUCCUGGAUGAGUGAUGAAGAGAGUUUCCAAAUCAAGUCACUAAAAGCUGAUCGUAAUUGUGCUAGGAACUUCAAGUUUGGAUCAUUGGUGACAUAUGCAUGGAUUGGGAGUCACUAUACCAAAGAGAUUGUAGAAAGUCAGAAAAUAAGUGUAAGGAAGCUUAGGUUAAAAGUAAUGGCCAAGUUUGGUAUCCAAGUUAGUAUGGGGCAAUGUAGAAGAGCAAAGAAGUAUGCACUGAAACUUGUUGAAGGAAACCUUGUUGAACAUUAUGGUAAGCUAUGGUUAUAUGGUCAUGAGAUUUUAAGGACAAAUCCUGGGUCAACUGUGAAACUAGAUAUGGAGGAUGGGCCAGAUGGAAAGAAACAUUUUAGCAAGUUCUAUUGUUGUUUUCAAGGAGUUAAACAAGGUUGGAUUGAAGGGUGUAGAAGGGUAAUUGGUCUUGAUGGAUGUUUUCUUAAAGGUGUUUGUAAGGGAGAAUUGCUUUGUGCUAUUGGGAGGGAUGCAAAUGACAAGAUAUAUCCUAUUGCUUGGGCAAUGGUUAAUGUGGAGAACAAGCAGAAUUGGAAGUGGUUUCUAGAGCUUCUCAUUGAUGAUCUACACUUGAAUUUAAGGAAUGGUUUCAGUUUAAUGUCAGACCAACAUAAGAAGAGAUUUACUGGUGCCAUAUAUCAUACCUUGUUUUGGAGAGCAUCUAAAGCCACAACUGAGCAUGCUUUUAAAGUUGUGAUGAAAGAAAUUGAGACAUUGAACCCAGAAGCCCAUCAAUAUCUCAUGGAGAAAGAUCCUAAAACAUGGUCUAGAGCUUUCUUUCAAACUGGAAGGUGUUGUGAUGCAGUUGAAAAUGGGUUCUCAGAAAGUUUUAAUGCUGUAAUAGUAGAUUCUAGGAAGAAGCCCACAAUAACCAUGUUAGAGGAGAUAAGAUUAUACAUGAUGGACAAAAUCUACAACAUGAAAUUAAAGGGACAACAAUGGGGAAAUCAUAUUUUUCCAGAGAUAAGGGAUAAGGUGAAUUUCCUUAAAAAAGCUCAAAGGCAUUAUCAGGGUAGUACAAGUGAACCACAACAACAUGAAGAGGUUGAAAUGACUCCAAUUGAGAUGGAUACUACUCAUAAUGAUAUGCAAGUUGCUCCUACUGAUGUUGAAUCUAGUAGUGCAAGGGAUUUUAUUCAAUAUGUGCAAUUCACUCCACCUAGAAGUUAUGAAGGUGAUGAGGGUGUUAUGGGUGAGGAAGCUGAUGUGGUUGAGGAAGAUGUUGUGGUUGAGCAACUUGUUCAAGGCGAGGAGGCUGAGGAGGUUGAUCCUGUUAUCCAAGUUGAUAAUGUAAAUGUUCAGGAGGUUGAUGAGGUUAAUCCUAAUACCCAAGUGGAUAAUGGUAAUGUUCAGGAGGUUGCUCCUGUUAACCAAGUUCAACAGGUUUGUGUUAGGCUAAUUUCAGAUAUUUUGAAGAGGAUAAGGAGAAGAAAGUCAGAGAGAAUACUGAAGCUGAAAUUAGGCAAAACAAUUGGUGGUGUUGAUGAUCUAGGAAAUUCGAAGGGAAAAUCUCUUGUAAUUGAUUAG